AAGCCCCGUCAGGCAGAUGGCGCGGAAAGAAAACGACCUCAACCCGAGCCACUGGCGCGCCCCCUGGCGGCCAAAGGGUUUGGAGGGAAGCAACCCAGAAGUUUCUUUGUGGGAGGAAAGGAUCGAAACAAGCGGCUGACGGCAGCUGGUCAUGUGACGUUGCGUGGGCCGGACUUGCAACAGCUGAAGCGGUGGCAGCUGAAGAACAUAUAGGAGGGGGCUCGUUUGCGGCGUGUGCCUAAGCGAGUCUUUUACAGAGCUCUCGGAGGUCGUCGCUUCCUACUUUCCUUACUUCUGCUGUGUUGCAGUUUGCAGUAAUGGCUCAAGAACAGGAUUCAGCUGUGCAAGAAGAUGCAAAUUUGAAGGCAAUUGAAGAAGAAUACAAGAAAGCAUUUGUGUUUGUUAAUAAAGGCCUGAAUACAGAUGAGUUUGGACAGAAGGAAGAUGCAAGGAAUUACUACAGGCAGGGUCUUGACCACUUGCUCAGGGGAGUUAGCAUUCCAUCCCAAGGUCCUGAAUGCUCUGGGGCCCGGUGGGAGUCUGCCAGGCUAAUGCAGCAAAAAAUGAGAGAGACGCUACAAAAUGUUAAUGCUCGCCUGAGCAUUCUAAAUGAAAAUGCACAGCACAAACCCAUUGCAGCAUGUUUCCCUAUGGAAAUGCCCAGGUUAUACCCAGCAAUUCCAGCCAAAGAAAAGCCAGAGAGGCCUCCUGUCCCAAAUUCCCUGAUAUCCCAAUCUCAGCCAUGUGAAGCAGGUAGAAGCAUUGGAUCUGCAAGCCAAGGGCAAUUGGCUGUGAUGAGUCCUUCAUCUGCAAUGCCCAAUGAAGCACCUCCUGCUUAUACCCCUGAGGCCACUGAUGGGCACUAUACUGUGUCAUAUGGGACAGACUCUGGGGAGUUCUCAUCCGUUGGAGAUGAUUACUAUACAAAAUGCACACAGCCUCCUCCUGUUCAAAGUUUAGGAGUAGAUGCCGAUGAACUGAUCCUCAUUCCCCGUGGUGUACAGAUAUUCUAUGUUACUCCUGAUGGACAAGUUAGUGCCCCCUCAUAUCCUGGAUACCUUCGCAUUGUGAAGUUCUUGGACACGGAUGCAGCGGUGGCCCAGAAUCGUCCACCUGCUUUCCUUCAGGUUUGUGACUGGCUAUAUCCUCUUAUGUGCAAUCAGUCACCAGUCCUCUGCUGUAACACAGGAGUCUACAUGUUCCCUGACUUGAUGUCACAGGUGUCAGGAUCCUAUGUGGGAGUAGUAUUAUCUUCUGAACUUCCAGCUACUGACAGAGAACUGUUUGAAGAUCUGCUAAAACAGAUGUCUGACCUUAGAGUACAGGUUCCAGGAUCCCAUGAGGGAGUAGGUUUACCAUCUCAACGCUCAAGAUCUCACAAAGAGCUUUUUGAGGAUCUGUUAAAACAAAUAUCUGAUCUCAGAGCCAAGCCUGCAGAUGCUUCAAGUGAUGUCAUUAACCUGGGUGAGACUGUGCAUAUUGAAGCAGCACCUGAAGAGGAGAGAGAGUUACCUGACUGGAGUGAGAGAGUGGCCCAUGGAAUCUUAUCAGGAGCAUCUUGGGUGAGCUGGGGCCUGGUCAAAGGAGCAGAAUAUACUGGAAAAGCAAUCCACAUGGGAGCUUCUAAACUUAGAGAACGCAUUCAGCCAGAUGAAAAGCCAGUAGAAGUCAACCCAACUGUAGCAAAAGGACUGCAUGUAGCAAAGCAAGCUACAGGAGGAGCUGUGAAAGUCAGCCAGUUCUUAGUUGAAGGUGUGUGUUCUAUAGCAAGUUGUGUUGGAAGAGAGUUAGCCCCUCAUGUCAAGAAGCAUGGAAGCAAGCUGGUUCCAGAAUCCCUUAAGAAAGAUAAAGAUGGAAAAUCUGCUGUUGAUGGUGCUCUGGUUGUAGCAGCAAGCAGUGUUCAAGGGUUUUCAACAAUAUGGCAUGGUUUGGAAAGCGCUGCAAAGUGUAUUGCUAAAAGUGUGUCUAAAGAGACUGUUCAGACUGUCAAGCACAAGUACGGGGAUGAUGCUGGCCAUGCUACAGACAAUGCAGUGAGUUCUGCUAUCAAUGUUGGUGUGGCAGCUUUUAAUAUCGACAACCUUGGAAUCAAAGCUAUAGUGAAAAAAACUGCAAAGGAGACAGGCCAUGCGGUGUUGGAUGAAUAUAAAAUUGUAGAGAAGAAAGAGAAAAAGGAUGGAUACUGAAGACACUGUGUGGAUAAAUUUUCCAAAGCCUUAAUUUAUCAUAUAGCUUAUUUAAAGAGCCGAACUGUUAAUAUUGUGUUUCUAACUCCUAAGGUUCCUGGAUUGAAACAUAUUGUACUUGGAAGUCCAGCCUCUUUGAAAAUGAAUGGUUUUUGGUAUCUGUCACUCCAGUAUUAUAUGAUUUAGAUGACAUAUGAAUUUGCAAUAGAGUUAACCUCCACAAAAGGAGGACUCAAAUGCCUAUUUUCAAAUUAAAGUGGAAAUUAGAGUCUAGCUUCAUGUAUAAAGGGACUAUUUUUGUAACUAUUCGUAGACAAGAUUAUAAGCAACUAAUCAUUUGUAUACUUACUGUAACUGAACUUGUCUUAUCAAAUAAUAUGCACUACUUUAGCUGUAAACAAACUGAUUGAUCUUGUUUGUCCUUCUUUUAAAAAAAGGAAAAUCCAAACUCUUGAACAAACCAAAGACUGGAAUACUGGUAUGUCCUGAAUUAAUGACCUGGAGUUAACCAAACUUUUGUGAAAUCCUAGAUUUCAUUGAAAUAGGAAACAAAAUGCUAGCCUAUUUUGAUAUGAAGGACUUGGUAUCAUUGUAUUUAGCCAUUAUCCAGCCAGUAUUUGGGAACAGAUUUUUGCUCUGAUAGUGCAGAGGCCACUAAAGAAAAUGUUGGACUCUGUAUAAAAGCUUUAAUGGUUCUGACCUAUGUUAUAUAGGAUUUACCCCAUUGUAAAUUGUCUUACUGAAAAUUUCAGCCUAUAUUCAGAAGUGAAUCUUGUUGCCUUGUGAUAGAAUGCAAUGCAUUUCAUUUAAGAUAGUUAACCACUCCACAUCAGUAUCUAAGAGUUCAUCUGCUAUUAACGUGGGAAUCUUGAAUCUCUAACCUUGGCUUUGCUUCCUAUUUUGACUUCAGUUUAAGUGAAGUUUCGGUUUCACAGAUACUAAAAACUGUAGUGAGGGGCUAGGCUAGCCUAGAGCAGAGAAACAAUGGCACUUGAAGAGGGAUUCACUCAGUGGUUAAGGAGCCAACUACUUGAACUGUUUUAUGAAUUUAAAAUUAUAAAUAAACUUUAACAUGCAA